AUGACUGAAUCCGCCAAUUUAGAGCCAGAAUACAUUGAGAUUUCGAAGCAAGAGUCAACUCAUAAUGAUAAUCCCAAAGCAAAGCUUUUGGUCAUUGACUGGGUGAACACAGUGUUUUCAAGAAGACAAGCCAAGACUUAUUUUGCAAGACCUUAUUUUGAUACGUUCCUUGAAUACAUUUGUCAACAAUUUGAAGUCAUCAUUUGGAGUUCGGCAACUGGCAAUGUGUUUAAAGCCAUGUGUAAACAGUUUCCAAAAGUGCGUAAAAUCUAUGAUGGUCAAUAUAAUCCGUCUGGAACUAUUUUGAGUGAAGGACGUAGUUGUACAAUAAAGGAUCUAAAGUUUAUCUGGUCAAGUACCCAUUACAAUGCAACCAAUACCGUCUUAAUCACAGACAAUCCAGCAGUUGUGCCUCGUCAGCCAUAUAACGUUAUUAGAGUGUCAGCUUAUGACAGUACGUCAAAUAAUGGUGACAACACUUUGCUGAAACUAAUCAAGUACCUGACUUAUCUUCGUCAUCAAUCAAAUGUCGUCAACUACAUUAUGAAUUUCCCUUUUGAUGAAAAACGCGACUGGAAUAUCGUAUCUGAUCCUGCGCGAGAUAGAAUGUUGACCCAGUUCACUAAAAAUGGUGAUCCUGUAAGUAAUAAACAAAAGCAGAAAAAAGAGAGCAAAGCUCAAAAGAAAGCGAAUCAUUCACAACAACAGCAACAACAACAAGCAGAUAGAAAGACACAAAAAAAUAGUGCACAACCACAGGAAACGAGCCGAAAAGCAAAAAAGAGAGGAGCAGAUUCUGAUCCUGGACCGAAUAAAAAAUUAAAAGCCCCACCAGGAACGGAGACAAAGGCUGCGCAAGUGGGGCAAACUAGUAGCAAUACAGCCAACGCCUCUCAAAAAGUAAAAGAAGAGCAGAAAAAGAGAGAAGAGCAAAGAAGGAGAGAAGAACAGAAAAAGAAAGAUGAACAGAAAAAGAAGGAUGAGCAGAGAAGAAGAGAGGAACAAAAAAAGGCAGAUCAGAGAAGGCGAGAAGAACAAAGAAAAAAAGAACAGAAACAAAAGGAGAGACAGAAUAGACAAAAUGAUACACAUGAAGCAGAUGAUAUGAACUAUGAACAAUUACCGUUAAUUAGCCAAAGAGAGCUAAAAGAGAUAGUGGAUAAGUUUACAGAGUCCAUUUGUGCCGAAAUUGCUGCUAUGGAUGCUCGAGACAUUAUGUAA